GUAUCACAUGUACACGUACACACUUCAUGCAGUCGAGAUGUCGCAGGACGACGUCACGUUCAAAGAGUUGCUAGAAUUGGCUUUCGGGACCCCCCGCGCGGGCGUGGUGGACUUUGGCGCGCUGCACCGGCUGCUGCGCGCGCUUCUCACGCACCUGGGGGUCAGCGAGUCCAGCACCGCGCAGCAGACUCACCUGCAGCUUCUGGGCCGGAUCCAGGCCUGCGAGGACCAAGUGAUUUUGGCCAUGAAACUCAUCCAGGAAGUGCAGCAGCAGAUAGAGCAGGUGAAAGAAAAGGGGGAGGAGUUUCAGGAAAGUACGUGUGAGACGUUGGACGGCGUGAAGGAUGUCAGCGUGCGUCUACAAGACCGUGUGAUGGCGUUGGAGGCGGGCAGAAAAGUAAACGAAAAUCAGCUGGAACUGCUCAGACAGCUCAUCACCAACACAGACCAGCGAGACAUGGUCAGAAUUCUGGACGAGCGUUUGAACAUCCAGCAAGACGCCAUUAACUCGCUGAGCCACCAACGCCGCCAGCUGGACGACCUGCAAGUAGCCUUGGACCACGUGUUACCGCCUUUGACCUCUGACCCCUGCGGCGACCUGGAGGACGGCGGGGAGACAAACGUCGGCAGGACAUUGAGUCUUCGGUUUGAGCGCAAGAUGGCUGAGGUCUUGCGGCGGCAUGAGGACACGCAGCACGUGCACGGUCUGCAGGCGUCCAUCUUGCAGCUUCAGAGAGACUGUCAGGAUCUGCGAAAAGCCAUCGGUGGUCUCCAUGACGACAACAAACACAAACAUGUUCACAUUCAGCAACUGCUGAGGAGCCAAGAGGAGAUGCAGGAGAGGAAGGUCGACAGACACUCGCUUCACACCACACUCUGUCAGCUGGACAAGCAGAUCCAAGACCAGUGGAAUGACCUCCAGGACAGAAUGUUGCUUCCAGAACAUUCCCAGCAGGUCCAAGCCGCUGGAAUCAGGAAACAGCUGCUGUGUCUCUCUUGUGACCCGCCCAUCAUCACACACCUUCCUGCACCUGGAGCGGUGUCGCCCAGCAGAACUUUGACUAACUUCACAGACUUCAGAUACCCCAGAGUGUCCCGCAGUUGUGGGGGGAUUCACACAGUGACAUCUGGCCCCCAACGAAGCGUCAAUGGGUGGAAACACUGAAGCCAGACAGCAGGGGGCGCCACAGUGCAGUCAGAGGCAACUAGGACGGUGGCGACACAGGAGGCACCCAGCAAAAGAGGCCACUUCCGCCCAAACGGCAAAUUAAUAGGUAUGUUGGUUUUGUGCUCACAGCUGAGCCAAUUGGCAACCACUGACUUGUUAGCUUAAUUAGCAACUAUAAAGUCACUUUUCUUUUGUCAAACCAGACUGUCAGCAUCAAAGUGUGUGUGUGUGUGUGUGUGUGUCUCCAGCUUCCAGAUCAGCAUCUGCUCAGGCCCGGAAACCUCAGAGUUCUUCAGGUCGUAUCCUUGGAGCUAGAUCGAGCGUAGUUCCGCCCCUGAGCAGGCCCUUGUCCGCUUCCUGAAAAGAUGAAGAUAAGUCUGGUCAUGACGUCAUCGUCUUUACGUUGUUUUGUACCAUUAAAAUGUUUUCAAACGUUCACCAUUGACGCAAGUACU